CUCACAUGUACCACACCCCUCCCAUUCCACCGCAAAACCAUUCUCACUAACAUGCGUCGUCGGUUCUCUCAUUGAAGUAGUAACAUAACAUUCAUUCGGUUUCUGAACAGUAGUAACAGAAACAGGAAACAAAUCAAAGAAAAUAAGCAAAAAAAUGGAAUAACAUAAAGAGAGAGAAAGAAAGAAAGAGAGAAGACAGUGACAUAGAAAGAGAAAGAGAACCUGCAGUUUUUUGAGUACUUUUUCAAGUUGCAGGUUUUGGAGCAUCGUGUCGGGUUGGUUCUGAUUUUCUUUUAUUUUUUUUCCCUUUUUUCUCUUUUUCAUUUUUGUUCAUUUUAUCAACAAAAUUUAUAAUUUGUUAUUGUUGAUUACUUUAUUUAGCACUAUUUUAGAGAGAAGAUCAAAAGUGUCUAUGUGAGAUCCUUGUGGGGUGUUUAAAGUUUAAAUUUUUUAAUAUACCCACAUGUUUUUCUGUAUAUAUAUAUAUCCACUGUUGCUUUGAAUUGAAACCACCACAAAGCUUCUUCCUUUGAGAGACCAGAACAAGAAUUACUCAGAAAACUGUAAUGGCUUUUAUUUCAGAGGUUAACAUGAGCUUCUCUAGCUAUAUGGAUGAUGAAUAUGAGAAACUCUUCAGGAGAAUGAACCCUCCCAGGGUUGUAAUUGAUAAUGAUGCCUUGAAAAAUGCCACUGUCAUACGGGUUGAUAGUGCAAACAAACAUGGAAUACUUCUCGAAGUUGUUCAAAUCCUCACUGAUUUAAACCUUAUCAUCACUAAGGCUUACAUAUCUUCUGAUGGUGGAUGGUUUAUGGAUGUUUUUAAUGUCACUGGCCAAGAUGGAAACAAGGUUACAGAUGAAGCCAUUUUGGAUUACAUUCAUAAGGCUCUUGGUCCUGAAUCUUGUGUUACAUCUCCCGUGAGAUCUGUUGGGGUUAAGCAAACAUUAGACCACACUGCAAUAGAGCUUAUGGGAACUGAUAGGCCAGGGCUGCUUUCAGAAGUGAGUGCUGUUCUCACCAACCUCAAGUGUAACAUAGUGAAUGCAGAGGUGUGGACUCACAACACCCGUGCAGCUGCUGUGAUGCACGUGAGUGACGAAGAAACCGGAUCCGCGAUAACUGACCCGGAGAGGCUUUCUCUAAUCAAGGAGCUUCUGAGUAAUGUGCUUGGUGGUGGGAAUAAGUGGAGGGGAGCCAAGACGGUUGUGGCUGAUGAAGUCACACACACUGAGAGAAGGCUUCACCAGAUGAUGUUUGCUGAUAGAGAUUAUGAACGUGUUGAUGAUGAUGACUUUGAUGAGAAGCAAAGACCAAAUGUGACUGUGGUGAACUGGUCUGACAAGGAUUAUUCUGUGGUUACCAUCAUAUCCAAGGAUAGGCCAAAGCUUCUCUUUGACACCGUUUGUACUUUGACAGACAUGCAGUAUGUGGUUUUUCAUGCUAAUAUUGAUGCUGAGGGGCCACAAGCAUAUCAGGAAUAUUACAUAAGGCAUAUUGACGGGUCCCCUGUAAAAUCAGAUGCAGAGAGACAAAGAGUGAUUCAAUGUCUUGAGGCUGCAAUUGAGAGAAGAGUUUCUGAGGGUUUGAAGCUAGAACUCUGCACCACUGACAGAGUGGGACUACUAUCUAAUGUCACACGCAUCUUCAGAGAGAACAGCUUAACAGUUACAAGAGCAGAAGUAACCACCAAAGGAGACAAAGCUGUGAACACCUUCUAUGUUAGUGGUGCUUCUGGUUACCUUGUGGAUUCCAAGACCAUAGAAUCUAUUCGGCAAGCAAUUGGAAACACUAUACUUAAAGUAAAGGGUACCCCUGAUGAGUUGAAAUCUACCCACCAGGAUUCUCCUACCAGAUCUCUCUUUAGUGGCCUUUUCAAGUCCAGAUCUUUUGUGAACUUUGGCUUGGUUAAGUCUUAUUCUUGAACCUGGAGAAAGCAAUUAUAUGUGAGUGAUAAUGAGAUCUCCUAUCUUGUACAGUGAAAAUGCUCAAGAUGCAAAAAAGCUUACUAGGUGAAGUGUGACUUUAGUUUAGGGUGUAGAAAUACCAAGCAUAUCUUAGGCUUAAACUUAGGAUUAGUGUUUGGUUUGUAAAUUCUUAACCCCUCCCCUGCUUUAGCUUAGUUUGUGAUGGAUCAAAUCCAAUCGCUAGUUGGAGUGAUGAAAGCAAAGAGAACCUCAAUUGUGUAAACCUUGAAACAUAGUUUCAAGGAUCAUCAUUUGUACAUAAUUUAAUUUAAUUUCCAGCAGCAGUUAUAUUUUGCUUA